AUGCGGGUUCCUGGGGAUCGCACGAGUCUCUGCGCGUCAGGUGUUGUCCGCGUACGAGAUGCGCGUUGGGCGCGUCUGACGUGCGUGCGUGUCGGGCACUGGCGAGAUUCUCGCGGGUCUGUGUGUCGUUGUGCCGGUCGUCAUUGGGGAUCUUGCAGUCUGCUAGGGUGCCACCGGGUGGUGCGCGAUCGAGCAGGCGUCGCCAGCCACUGGUCAUGCCGAUCGCUGGUUGAGAAUUGGUAUAUCGUCUGGAACCUCCGCGGGUGGCCGAGUGCUGCUCGUGCCGUGCUCCAUCGACCACCCGACCUACCGAGUGGCCGUCCUCUUGCAGGAAACGAUGACGAACGGAUUCGAAGGGGGCCAGGAGCGGCCACAUGCCGGAUCAUGUCGGCAAUUCAUAUAUACUUUGAGAUGGUGUCUGUGAUGACUGUCAAUAAGUCUGUGUCCCCAUCAAUUGCUGUUUUGAGGAGGUGUCUUCACAAAACUCCACAGUUCAGUUUCUUGGCUUCCUGCAAUGGUGAGUUAGGUUUUACCUUUCAGAUUAAUACCUUAGAAGAUCCAAUAUGUUACAUGGACUCGAGUACGGGUAUCGGACACGGAUUAUAUGUCAAGUAUAUGCAAUUGUUUUUUACAAAACCCAGAAGCCCCAAAUCAACUAGUCAUACUGCUCCAGCUCCGCAAUCUUCAUUAAAAUCGUCUAGGAGUCAGACAGAGGGGAGUAACCAAAUUGUGGUGAUGCAAGGAGAAUCUCCUCAGCUGCAAAACCAGGAAACUGAGGCCUCAACAUCCAUCCAAGACAAUAAUAGGCCCUCUAACUUACCCAUCACUGCUCUAAUUCCAGUUCCUGACAGAGACUUAGAUCUGCAUAAAUCAUCUACUCAUAUGCCACUUAUUACUGCCAGGGGUAGCUCAGACGCUCCUUUUCCCAAAUCCACUUCUGAUAUUAAACAGCCAGACACCUCUGCGAAUGCCAAUCUUCAAAUGAUGGAAACCUCCAAGGCUAUGGAAAUUGAAGGAGCUGAAGUUGAUGAACACAUUGCAACUUCAACACCAGCUUACAAAUCUGGACUAUGGGAUUCUCAAAACUUGGAAAAGGAACAGAACCAAGGAUGGGAGACUUCAAAGAGAGCCAGCCCUUCCAAUUCUCAUUGA